UCUCGUCCACCAUUCUCUGUGGUCUGCAGUGGAUAUGGCGUCACUAAAAAGUGUAGGAGUCGAGAAACUUCAUCCAUGUAAAUAACGCCAACAAGCAAGCUGUAGGUAGCAAUACGCAGUACAUAUAUAUACAUUAUCCAGCUUACUUUUUUAACUAUGCCACGGAAAAAGCCAUUUAGCAACAAACAGAAGAAGAAACAGCUACAGGUCAAACGGGAGAAAAAGAGAGGUGACACAGGUUCAGGGCCUAGCAGCCGCAAUGCUAGUGCGGAGCGAGGAGGAGAGCGACAGUCGGACACCUCAGACAGUGAGACCACUGAUGUUCGGAAGAUAAAUCAACAGCCCUUUGGCAGAGAAGGUAGAUAUGACCCCAAUAGGUUCCGACUGCACUUUGAGAAAGAGAGUAAGGAGGAAGUGGAAAAGAGGAAGAAGUUGGCCAGGGAGAAGGUGCUCCAGCCAGUUUCGGACAAAGAACUUGAGAUCAGCAUCAAUGACAUCUUCCCCUCAGAUAAAGGUCUUGGUUUCCCACGACGACCGCCUUGGAGUUAUGAGAUGACACGAGAGAACCUGCUGAGGAAAGAGGAGAAGAUGUAUAGAGACUACCUGGAUGACAUGCACGCCAGAAACCCCACUGGCUCUCUCAGCCACUUUGAGCACAACCUGGAGACUUGGAGGCAGCUAUGGAGAGUGUUGGAGAUGUCAGAUGUCAUCUUGCUCAUCGUGGACAUCAGGCACCCGGUGCUGCAGUUCCCUCCAGCUCUGUACCACUACAUCACAGGAGAAAUUCACAAGCAGGUGAUCCUGGUGUUGAACAAAGCUGACCUGUGUCCUCCGCCAAUGGUGAUUGCCUGGAAACACUACAUGACCUCCCAGUUCCCCCACCUGCAAAUAGUCUGUUUCACCUCCCACCCUGGACAGCCCUACAGCACAGUGCUCCAGAAGAAGAGGAUGAGAAAGAAGGCUGACUGGAGUCACGCUGGAGGUCCUUUAGAUAUCCUGAAGGCCUGUCAGGAAAUCACAGCAGGGAAAGUUGACCUAUCCAGCUGGGAGCGGAAGAUUAAGAGAGAUGCUGUUGCUGAGCAUCUGGAUGGGGAGCAGCCAGAUGAAGGAGCUGAGACAGUACUGAUGGAGCAUCAAACUGACAGCGCUAUGGAGAUGAGCAGCCCAUCGCAUGAGCUGUACAAAGAUGGGGUUCUCACACUGGGCUGCAUAGGCUUUCCAAAUGUCGGUAAGUCAUCGGUUAUAAACAGCCUGGUGGGGAGGAAAGUGGUGAGCGUGUCUCGAACACCAGGCCACACCAAAUACUUCCAGACUUACUACCUCACCCCGACAGUUAAACUCUGUGACUGCCCUGGACUGGUUUUCCCCUCACUGGUCAAUAAACAAUUGCAGAUUCUGGCAGGUAUCUACCCAGUGUCUCAGCUGCAGGAGCCCUACAGCUCAGUUGGUUAUCUAUGUGAAAGGACCUCUUUCCGCUCUGUGCUGAAGCUCACACAUCCCAGUUUAAUGGAGAACAAAGCCCAUAAUAGAAGCCAGGGGUCUGAAGAACUCAACUGGACUGCCUGGGAUGUGUGUGAAGCAUGGGCAGAGAGGAGAGGCUAUAAGACAGCAAAAGCAGCUCGCAACGAUGCUUACAGAGCAGCUAACAGUAUCCUGCGGUUGGCAGUUGAUGGCAGAUUGUGCCUCUGCCUUAAACCACCUGGCUACAGCUGCCUGAAAGAGCACUGGGAAAAUCACCCAGACCUGUCGGAGAUUAUUGCACUGCAAGGAAGGACUGCACUGGAUGAAGGAACAGGAGAGAGGGACGAUGAUGAUGACGGAGAGUCCAGCACUGAGCCAGAGGAAGAGAGAGACCGGGACGCAGACGAUGAUGAGGAUGGAGAUGAUGAAGAUGAGGGGUUUGGACAGCCAAUACGGAAGGAAGAUAAUCCAUCUGGCCUCACUGUCAACAUGUACAAUGUACUUCGGGAAAAUGAGUGCGAGUGAUAAAGACAUGUGGAUGGCCAUAAAUUGCUUCUCUUCCCUGACUUCUCCCCGUAACCCCAGUGCAAUUUUCAUUCCUUUUUUUCCUAAAUCCACAUUCCUUCUCUCUCUUUUUUUUUUUUUGUUGCAUCUCCACUCCUCAUGCACACCUUCUUUGGCCAUUAACAUGAUCCAUUCUAAUGAAUUCACAUUAUUUCUCUCUCCCUAUAAUUUAUAGAGCAUAUUCAUGUAUUCCAUGCUGUGCCUCUGCUUGUUCUUUAGUGUUGCUUCUAGGAAUGGGUUUGGUUUGGUUGGUUUGAUUUCAUUUUUUUGCAUGUAGUUCUUAGACGCAAAUGAACAAAG